GACGACAUGGCGAGUCAGCGAUUUUGUGGUCCUCAACGCUGGAGUUGCGGGCUGGUUGCUGCCAUGAUGUAUGCAAUGAUUGCAGUCUCGCAGGCGGAGAAGGCGCUGACUGUGCAGGGGAUGGUGGGAGACACCGUCAUGCUUCCAGGAAACUAUGACCCUGACCGUGACCAACCCGUCAUCGCCCUGACGUGGAACAAACUUGACUCCAAGGUUGAAGGCACAAGGCAUGUGGUGUACAUGUUUACGCCCAAGAACUCCAUGGCGUCUGGAUCGUUGAAAGAGAGAGCGGUGUUUCACGGAAACGGCUCCCUUACCAUCAGAAACAUCAGAGAAGACGACGAGGGACAGUAUGUCAUGACCCUGUUGAUUGACGCUGUAGGACAACAAGAGCAUUUCGUAAAUCUGAAUGUUGUUGUGCCUCCUAUUGUAGAUAUGGGGGUUGGGAGCCCCUAUCUCGUAUCUCUUGGUACUGACAUCGUUCUCAACUGCACUGUGGACAAGAGCAACUCGAUCGUAGACUCCGUUAGCUGGCUUAAGGACGGCCGCCCUCUCCCGGACAGCAUACCUAAAGACUACUACCAAGGCUUGGAUUUCUACAGGUCCUCCAUCGUUCUGAAAAACAUGUCGAAGCUGGACAUAGGAAACUACACCUGCGUGGCAAAGAACUUUGGAACGCAAGAAACGGGAAGUAUUUUACUGCAAGCAAAGUAUCCUGCCAGGAUAACUAACUCUUCGUCAGGCCUGACGACGACCAUAGAAUCCAGUGCGACGCUUUGGUGCACCACAGAAGGUAUCCCUCCGCCUAAGAUCACGUGGUACAAAGACGACCGGGAAAAGCGCCAGGGAACCAUUGUGGAAGGCAACGUGACCUACAUGACAAUCCGGAGUGUCCGGGUAUCAGACAGCGGCAGUUACAAGUGUUCUGCCAGUAAUGGCCUCGCCGAGCCGGACUCAAGAACUAUGGUUCUGUCUGUUAAUGGACCUGAGGCAAGUGCUUCAACAUCUUCAUCGGGAUCAACUAUCUCGGACAGAUGGAUCGAGUUCGGGAUUAUUGUAGGCGGGGCGGUGGUCGGAGCGACCCUUCUGUUGACAUCUUUAUUGAUCGUCAUAAUCUUCACCAAGAGGCAGAAGUCGAAAAGUCACGGAUGCCAGGCGUGUCACGUGGUGGCCAUCAGUCACAGCCACCCGAACCUCUGCACGAUCGGGGACGACGUCUGCAGAGGAGCAGAGCCCAUGGUUAAUAUGGACCAGAGCAAGCACUUAUUAGGUCGCUACUUAGCCCGGGCCAUCCAGGACUACAAACCGACAGGGGAGGGCGGCCUCACCCUGGAGAUCAACGACAUCGUGGAGGUGCUCCACACGGGGAGAGACGGCUGGUGGUACGGGUACAUGAGAGGGAACUUCGGCUUCUUCCCUGCCCGAGCCGUCACGGUGCUCACUUGCAAAAGAAGAGUGUCUAUCGGACAGGAGGAGAGAGCAGCACAUGCGCAGGGAAGCAGUCGCAAAGCUAGCAUCGACCUGCUCGGGACACUUCCACUGGAGACCAACAGCAAAAGUACGGCUUCAUUUCAGGGUGGCAAGAGGGAGAACGAAACUGCCUUGACGGUCAAGAGCUGUACCGGAUAUGACGUCACCAGACGCGUCCAGACGACCCCUGACGAUUCGGAUGAUGAGUGA